AUUUACUAAUGCAUCCAUAAAUGAGGAAGUCUCCUUCUUUAGGAAGAAUAUCCCAUCCUUUUCGGUGGAAUACAAUUUUAUGAGCUCUUUUCAAAGGUCGCCGGCAAAGAAAUAGCACCUGCAAGAACGCUUCAUCCCUUGACGUCAUCUUCAAGCCUUACAGCUAUGGAAGAUGCGAUGAAAAAUGUUGCACCGAAAACAAUCUUGCAUUCCUUAGCAGAUGCUUAUUAUGAGACUUUAAUCGAAAAAACAGAUCCAGUUGUGAAGAACUGGCCGUUAGUGAACAGAGAUGGUCUCAAUUUAAUUAUCAUCUUGAGCUACGUCAUCUUCGUCAACUACCUGGGCCCCGGCCUGAUGAAAUACCGCAGACCAAUGGACCUUAGGUGGCUAAUGGUGCCUUACAACAUUGCCCUGGUUAUAGUCAAUUUCUACAUAUUCUACGGAUAUGCAAAAAUUAGGUGGUCAGGAGAAGCAUCGACAAGUUGCACAACUUUAGCAGUUGAUCAAAGUCCGGUUACUUAUAGACUAGCUGAAAUCACUUGGUGGUUUUACAUAACAAAAUACAUAGAGCUGAUGGAUACGGUGUUUUUCGUUUUGCGGAAAAAAGACCGACAACUGUCUCGCUUACAUUUGAUCCAUCACAGUACUGUUCCCUUGAUUAUAUGGGGAAUGCUUAGGUUUGAACCAGGUGGUUACAAUUCCUUUUUCCCAUUAGCCAAUUCAUUUGUUCAUUGUGUUAUGUACACCUACUAUGGUAUUUCGGCACUAGGUGAUGAUGUAACAGUUCACCUCAAAUUCAAGAAAUAUGUUACCAUGACACAAAUGAUUCAAUUCAUCCUCGUCUUGUGCUACUUCUUCAGUCGACCUUUCUUCGCCUGCAACUAUACAAAAUUGUCCGGUGGAGUCAACAUCUUCAUCGCAGGGUUUUUCUUCAUUCUAUUCACUAACUUCUAUUGGAAUGAAUAUUGUAAAAAGUGUGAAGAAACUGCUCAGAUGGAAGCAUCCACGUCCAAUGGAAUGAAAUGUAAAAAGAUAUGAACAUAGAAAAAAUAUUAAUGUAAUUUUAAAGGUGUUUAGAGUAUUACUAUCUUUUCAGAGAUGUAGUGUUUAUGUAUACAUACAUAUGUUAAGUAAAUAAAUUGUUAAAAAAGGA